GUGUGCGAAGGUUCAACGGAUCAGUUCUGCGUGUACAACACCGAGUUAGCACCACUGCCGCUACUGAGUGAAAUCAUAGUCGAGUGCCGACCACGGUGGCCUAGUAGAAAAGAGAGUACGACCGAAGCAGCACAGCCUCAAUUAACUGAUAUGAAUGUGGAGUCUGCUCAGCAAGCACUGUCAAA